AUGUCGUCCACCCUUCCACCUCUACCUCCUGGAUGGAGCUCUGGCCCUUCUCCUAUGGGUGCACCUCCAGGUGCACCACCACCACCAUUGUACAGACCUACGAUAGACCCCCAUGUAGCCAAGUUUGCACAAAAAAAGAAAGAAUGGCUAAGAUAUCAACGAAAUCGAUUCGGGGAAAAGCGGAAGGGUGGCUUCGUCGAGACACUCAAAGCCGAUAUGCCUCCUGAGCAUCUCCGAAAGAUUGUAAAGGAUAUUGGAGACGUGUCACAAAAGAAGUUCAGUAGCGACAAGCGAAGUUACCUAGGUGCCCUAAAGUACAUGCCCCACGCUGUCAUGAAGUUACUCGAGAAUAUGCCCAUGCCCUGGGAAUCUGCGAGAGAAGUUAAGGUGUUAUACCACGUCAAUGGAUGUUUGACCCUUGUAAACGAGACACCAAGAGUAAUUGAACCAGUCUUUCACGCUCAAUGGGCGACUAUGUGGGUAUGCAUGAGGCGAGAGAAAAGUGAUCGAAGACAUUUCAAGCGUAUGCGGUUCCCACCGUUCGAUGAUGAAGAGCCUCCUUUAUCAUGGUCCGAAAACAUCGAAGACGUUGAGCCUCUAGAACCAAUAAACAUGGAGUUGGACGAAACAGAAGAUAGUGCAGUUUACGAAUGGUUUUACGAGAAUAGGCCUUUACUCGACACACCUCAUGUGAAUGGACCGAGUUACAAGGAGUGGAAUCUUACUCUACCUCAGAUGGCAACCUUGUAUCGACUGAGUCACCAACUUCUAAGCGACCUUGUCGACAAGAAUUACUUCCAUAUGUUUGAGCUCAAUAGUUUCUUAACUGCCAAAGCUUUGAAUGUAGCGAUUCCUGGUGGGCCAAGAUUUGAGCCGCUUUAUAAAGAUGUAGAUCCUAAUGAUGAGGACUUCGGUGAGUUCAAUGCUAUUGACCGCAUCAUAUUUCGCGCCCCAAUCCGCACUGAAUAUAGGGUCGAGUUCCCAUUCUUGUACAAUUCUUUACCACGGAGCGUAAAGCUUUCGUGGUUUUCAUAUCCUCAAGUUGUUUACGUCCGAGCAGAAGAUCCGAGUCUCCCUGCUUUCUACUUCGAUCCUAUCAUAAAUCCUAUAUCUUCGAGAUCAGUCGCUCCAAAAAACAUAACCAUUAGCCACGAAGACGAAAUAUUUGGAUUCGGAAAUAAUGAAGAGCCUGAGGAAAAUCUAUUCCAAUUGCCGGUUGAAGUCGAACCAUUUUUAGUCACUGAAGAUCUCUAUACGAGCGAAACAACGUCAGCAAUUGCACUAUGGUGGGCACCCUACCCGUUCGACAGACGCUCUGGAAAGAUGGUUCGAGCCCAAGAUGUGUCGUUAGUAAAGCAGUGGUAUCUAGAGCAUUGUCCACAAGGUCAGCCAGUAAAAGUUCGGGUCUCAUACCAAAAGCUUCUCAAAACUUAUGUUUUGAAUGAACUUCAUAAGAAAAAGCCCAAAGCCCAAAACAAGCAAAGUCUAAUGAAAUCUCUAAAGCAAACCAAGUUCUUUCAGCAAACAACUAUCGACUGGGUUGAAGCUGGUCUUCAAGUUUGCCGCCAGGGAUUUAAUAUGCUAAAUCUUUUGAUACAUCGGAAGAAUUUAACUUAUCUCCAUCUUGACUAUAACUUUAACCUAAAACCCGUCAAAACUCUGACUACAAAGGAGAGAAAAAAGUCUCGAUUCGGGAAUGCGUUUCAUCUCAUGCGUGAAAUACUGAAAUUAACUAAAUUAAUCGUCGAUGCUCAAGUACAAUAUCGACUCGGAAAUAUAGAUGCAUUUCAACUUGCAGACGGAAUACUCUAUGCGUUUAAUCACGUCGGACAGCUCACUGGAAUGUAUCGAUACAAAUAUAAACUUAUGCAUCAAAUUCGAUCGUGCAAAGACCUGAAACAUUUGAUUUAUUAUCGAUUCAAUUCAGGCCCUGUUGGAAAAGGACCUGGCUGUGGGUUUUGGGCUCCCGCAUGGAGAGUCUGGCUUUUUUUUAUGCGAGGUAUCAUACCCUUACUAGAGAGGUGGCUUGGAAAUCUUCUUUCGAGACAGUUUGAAGGUAGACAUAGCAAAGGCGUGGCAAAAACUGUGACAAAACAACGAGUUGAAUCUCAUUUCGAUCUGGAGCUUCGUGCUUCAGUGAUGGCGGAUCUCUUAGAUAUGAUGCCAGAGGGAGUCAAACAGAACAAAGUUAAUACAGUCCUUCAACAUCUAUCAGAGGCCUGGCGAUGUUGGAAAAGUAACAUUCCCUGGAAAGUACCUGGCUUACCAGCGCCCGUGGAAAAUAUAAUUCUACGAUACGUUAAAAGUAAAGCUGACUGGUGGAUAUCUGUCGCCCACUACAAUAGAGAGCGUAUCCGUCGGGGCGCCACCGUGGACAAAACUGUUGCGAAAAAGAAUUUAGGUCGCCUCACUAGACUUUGGCUAAAGGCUGAACAAGAAAGACAACACAAUUAUAUGAAGGACGGUCCCUACGUAUCCUCAGAAGAAGCUGUUGCUAUUUACACGACCACUGUUCAUUGGUUAGAAUCACGAAAAUUUUCACCAAUCCCGUUCCCAAGUGUCUCUUACAAACAUGACACUAAAAUUCUUAUACUGGCUCUAGAACGUCUACGUGAAGCAUAUUCAGUCAAGGGCCGGUUAAAUCAAAGCCAACGUGAAGAACUGGCAUUGAUAGAACAAGCCUAUGAUAGCCCAGGGACAACUCUGGAGAGAAUAAAGCGAUUUCUUCUUACUCAGAGAGCGUUUAAGGAAGUUGGAAUCGAUAUGAAUGAUAACUACAGCACCAUAAAUCCUGUUUACGACAUUGAACCGGUGGAGAAGAUUAGUGAUGCAUACCUAGAUCAGUAUCUAUGGUACCAAGCGGAUCAACGUCAUCUUUUUCCUGCAUGGAUCAAGCCUUCAGACUCAGAAGUCCCACCAUUGCUCACCUACAAAUGGGCACAAGGUAUCAACAACUUAGAUAAAGUUUGGGAGACAGCUGAUGGAGAAUGCAACGUGAUGAUCGAAACUCAAUUGUCUAAAGUGUACGAAAAAAUUGACCUGACGCUACUUAAUAGGCUGUUGAGACUUAUAAUGGAUCACAAUCUCGCAGAUUAUAUAUCGUCAAAGAAUAAUGUUCAACUAACAUACAAAGAUAUGAACCAUAUUAAUAGUUACGGAAUGAUUCGUGGUCUUCAGUUCUCAGCUUUUGUUUUUCAAUACUAUGGGCUCGUUCUUGAUCUUUUAUUACUCGGCCUCCAAAGAGCCAGCGAAAUUGCAGGCCCGCCAGCAAGUCCAAAUGAUUUCCUUCAAUUCAGAGACCGUGAAACUGAGACAAGGCAUCCGAUAAGACUUUACACAAGGUACAUUGACAGGAUUUGGGUUUUCUUCAGAUUUUCUGCCGAGGAGUCACGAGACCUGAUCCAACGGUUUCUCACAGAACAGCCAGAUCCGAAUUUUGAAAACAUUAUUGGAUACAAAAAUAAAAAAUGUUGGCCAAGAGAUUCUCGCAUGCGUUUGAUGAGGCAUGACGUAAAUCUAGGUCGCGCAGUUUUCUGGGAUCUCAAAAACAGGCUACCAAGAUCUAUCACCACUAUAGAGUGGGACGAUACUUUCUCGAGUGUAUACAGUGCAGAAAACCCAAAUCUACUGUUUUCCAUGUGCGGUUUUGAGGUCCGUAUUCUUCCUAAGAUACGGAAUCAGAAUGAUGAGUUUCCUGUCAAAGACAGCGUGUGGUCGCUCGUAGACAAUUCUAGCAAAGAAAGAACUGCUCAUGCUUUUCUUCAGGUUACGGAGGAAGAUAUAGCGAAAUUUAACAAUCGUAUUCGACAGAUUCUCAUGUCCUCCGGCUCGACUACUUUUACUAAAAUUGCCAACAAAUGGAACACUAGCCUAAUAGCUCUCUUCACCUAUUAUCGCGAAGCCGCGGUCUCGACAGUUAAUCUUCUCGAUACUAUUGUCAAAUGCGAAACUAAGAUUCAAACUCGAGUGAAGAUUGGACUUAACUCAAAGAUGCCGUCUCGAUUUCCACCAGCUGUAUUUUAUACACCCAAGGAACUAGGCGGUCUCGGUAUGAUAUCAGGCUCGCAUAUUCUUAUCCCAACAAGUGACAAGCGAUGGUCAAAACAGACUGACGUUGGAGUUACUCAUUACCGUGCUGGCAUGAGCCAUGACGAAGAAACCUUGAUACCCAAUAUAUUCAGAUACAUUAUUCCAUGGGAGGCUGAAUUUAUUGACUCGCAACGAGUAUGGACUGAAUAUUCUCAAAAACGUCAAGAGGCCAAUCAACAAAAUCGAAGACUGACUCUGGAAGAUCUUGAAGAUAGCUGGGAUCGAGGUUUGCCUCGAAUAAACACCCUUUUCCAGAAGGAUCGAAGCACUUUAAGCUUCGAUAAAGGUUUCCGUGCCAGAACAGAGUUCAAGACUUACCAACUCAUGAAAAGUAACCCAUUUUGGUGGACAAGUCAGAGACAUGAUGGAAAAUUGUGGAAUUUGAAUGCCUACCGAACUGAUGUCAUUCAAGCCCUUGGCGGGGUUGAAACAAUUCUUGAGCACACUCUUUUUAAAGCAACUGCAUUUCCUUCCUGGGAAGGUCUAUUUUGGGAGAAGGCAUGUCUCGCCCUAGGAACAUUAUUAUUACAAUUUGAUGGUAGCAAAAUAGCAGUAGAAGAUGUUCAGGAAGGUGAUUUGCUCCUCGGACCAGACGGUGGUCCUCGAUGUGCCUUCAAUAUUGUUCGUGGUAGAGAUCGCCUAUACAGGAUUAAGAUGGGAAUUAACCAGGAAGACCUUGUUGUCACAUCAAACCACAUUCUAGUUCUUCACCGACCGAUUGCCUCGCAAUCUAGCUCGCCAGAAACAGAAAUUACCUCUGAUAGAAAUACCAAUUUUGACAACAAACUUACAAGUGCAGACGAGAAAACUCGCUAUGAGGUUGUCGAAAUGACUGCCGCUGAGUUUGCUUCUCUAGACUACAACGAUAGAAAAGAAUUACUACUUUUUAAACUCCUUGGAUAUGGGUCUUCACAACAGGUCUGUAAACAUGCCGAACGAAUAAAUGUCGAAGAUAUUUAUCUCGAAUCUGAAGAGACCGAGUGGGCUGGUUUCCGAGUUGACCAAGACCAUCUCUAUUUACGUCAUGACUAUCUUGUAUUGCACAAUAGUGGAUUUGAGGAGAGUAUGAAGUUCAAGAAACUUACAAAUGCUCAGAGAUCAGGUCUUAACCAAAUACCUAAUCGAAGAUUUACUCUAUGGUGGUCUCCAACAAUCAAUCGUGCCAAUGUUUAUGUUGGUUUUCAGGUUCAGCUUGAUCUAACAGGUAUUUUCCUUCAUGGAAAGAUUCCGACGCUUAAAAUAUCCCUUAUUCAAAUAUUUCGUGCACACUUGUGGCAAAAAAUACAUGAAUCUGUUGUAAUGGAUUUGUGCCAGGUUUUUGAUCAAGAGCUUGAGCAACUGGGGAUUGAGACGGUUCAGAAGGAAACAAUUCAUCCUAGAAAGUCAUACAAAAUGAAUAGCUCCUGUGCUGACAUCCUCCUGUUUGCAAGUCACAAAUGGAAUGUUACCAGACCAUCAAUUCUCUUUGAUACCAAGGAUGUUAUUGAACCGACUACAACAAAUAAGUUUUGGAUUGAUGUUCAACUUCGCUACGGUGAUUAUGAUUCUCAUGAUAUUGAACGAUACGUGCGCGCAAAGUAUCUCGAUUAUACAACUGAUAGCAUGAGUAUCUAUCCUUCUGCGACAGGCUUAAUGAUUGGGAUUGACCUAGCAUACAACUUGUAUUCAGCUUAUGGACAAUACUUCCCUGGGUUAAAGACGCUUAUCCAGCAAGCGAUGGCCAAAAUCAUGAAAGCGAAUCCCGCUUUAUACGUCCUCCGAGAGCGCAUCCGCAAGGGUCUUCAACUCUAUGCAUCCGAAAGUAACCAAGAAUUUUUAAAUUCCCAAAACUACUCAGAACUCUUUAGCAACCAAAUUCAACUCUUCAUUGAUGACACAAACGUCUACCGCGUGACAAUUCAUAAAACGUUUGAAGGAAAUCUAACCACCAAACCUAUUAACGGUGCUAUAUUUAUUUUUAAUCCUCGCACAGGGCAGCUUUUCCUCAAAAUAAUCCAUACUAGCGUUUGGGCUGGUCAAAAGCGUUUGGGACAGCUCGCAAAGUGGAAAACUGCUGAAGAAGUGGCUGCACUAAUCCGUUCAUUGCCAGUUGAAGAACAACCCAAACAGCUGAUAGUUACCAGGAAAGGUCUUCUUGACCCGCUCGAAGUACAUUUAUUAGAUUUCCCAAACAUAUCUAUUCGUGCGUCAGAACUUCAAUUGCCAUUCCAAGCUGCUAUGAAGGUUGAGAAGCUUGGUGACAUGAUACUUCGCGCCACGGAGCCUCAAAUGGUUCUCUUCAAUCUCUAUGAUGAAUGGCUCAAGUCCAUAUCAUCAUAUACCGCCUUCUCUCGACUUAUUCUGAUCCUCCGAGCUCUCCACGUAAACCAAGAUAAGACAAAGCUACUCCUUAGACCUGAUAAAACUAUCAUCACUCAGGAGCAUCAUAUUUGGCCUUCAUUAUCAGAUGAAGAUUGGAUAAAAGUUGAGACACAGCUAAGGGAUCUAAUUCUAAAUGACUACGGGAGAAAGAACAACGUUAAUACAUCUAGUUUAACAAGUAGCGAAGUUCGUGAUAUCAUUCUAGGAAUGGAGAUUAGCGCACCAUCUAUGCAACGACAACAGGCUGCUGAAAUUGAAAAGCAACAACAAGAGCAGCAGCAACUAACUGCUGUAACUACAAAAACCCAGAAUGUGCACGGAGAAGACAUAAUUGUGACAACCACAUCUCGAUUCGAGCAGCAAACAUUUGCGUCAAAGACUGAAUGGCGAACUCGUGCUAUUGCAACAUCUAACCUUCGAACCAGGGCAAACAAUAUUUAUAUCUCGUCAGACGAUAUCAAAGAAGAUGAUCACUUUACAUACAUCAUGCCAAAGAAUAUACUCAAGCGCUUUAUAACUAUUGCUGAUCUAAGAGUCCAGGUCGCAGGAUAUCUUUAUGGUUUAUCGCCCCCUGAUAAUGAUCAGGUCAAAGAAAUUAGAAGUAUAGUCAUGGUCCCACAAAUUGGAAGUACGCGUGACAUUCAGCUUCCUCACAACUUACCUCAACAUGAAUAUCUAGAUCAAAUGGAACCACUCGGAAUAAUCCAUACGGUUUCCGGAAAUGAGCCUCCAUACAUGACUGCAAUGGAUGUCACCCAACAUUCUCGUCUCAUGAACACACACAAGACCUGGGACAAAAAGACUGUCAGUAUGACUGUUUCAUUUACUCCUGGUAGUGUUUCUCUCGCUGCUUGGGCUCUAACUCCUGCUGGAUAUAAAUGGGGUGCAGAGAAUAAAGAUAUGGGAAGUGAUCAACCACAUGGAUUCAGCACUUCUAUGGGAGAAAAAUGUCAGCUGCUGUUGAGCGACAGAAUUCGGGGCUACUUUCUUGUCCCUGAGAAUAAGGUAUGGAACUAUAGCUUCAUGGGAAGCUCCUUCGGUAGUAUUGAGAGGAAACUGGUACAUGUGAAGAUUGACACUCCAAUACCAUUCUACUCGGCCGAACAUCGGCCACUUCACUUUCAGUCUUUUGCAGAGAUAGAAGAAACUCUUUUUGACAAAGAUGAUAACUUUGCGUAA